AUGGCUUUGGCAUCUCCCUCAGCCGCACGUUGGUGCCCCCUUCCCGUAUACAUUGCCACGGGCUAUUUUAAACAAACGCCACAAACUGGAAGCGCUACUUUAUUGGGCCAGAACAAACCACGUAUGGCGCCGGAGUUGCAAUCUAACGGUGAUCCUACAUCGGAAAUUGGGCCACUGGAUCUAGUUUCCAAAGGGGAAUCCGACAUUCCUGCUGGACGGCAAGCAACUUGCAGUGCUGCAGCCGCUCGAUGCGAUGAGGAGAAUCUGAGUCACAUUGUCUUCAGGUCUCCUGUUCGAUUCGCAACGCAACCAACAAGCGACGCAGCAUUCCGAUUAUUGUGCGCGUAUCUGAUGUCAACGACAAUGCGCCGCGCUUAAUGAACACACCCUAUGAGGUCACCGUG